AUGCUGGGGUCGCUCGGGCGAGCGGCCUUUCGACCACGGAGGCUUCCUCUGCGGAGCUUCGCUGCGCGGCGGAUGAUCCUGGACAUGGACGGGGUGUUGUACAAAAACUCGCAGGUGGAGAAGGCCAUUGUGCACCAGCUGGAGCGCCAGUGCGGGGAGCUGGGCAUAGGGCACAAGUGCCAGGAGCUCUACGAGAGCCACGGCUCCACCAUGCGAGGACUGAUCUCCGAAGGAUUUCUUGCUGGCGACAUCGAGGCUUUCUACCGGCGCGUGUAUGACGCAGUGGACACCUCGGCCCUGCGCUCAGAUCCGCUGCUUGCGCGGCAGCUGGAGAACCUUGGGACUCAGGUGGACUUCACCCUGGCCAGCAACUCCCCGCGCUUUUUUGUGGAGCGCGUGCUCCAGGCACUGGGCGUCUCCCAGGACCUCUUCGGAGGAUCCGCUGGCAUCGUGUGCCCGGAGGCGGCGAACGGCUGGCUCAACAAGCCGGAUCCCAGGUACUUCGCUCAGCUGCCUCCCGGCGUCCUUUUUGACGACGCCGUGGCCAACUGCGAUGCUGCUAUGCAAGUCCCGGGGCUGUCCGCGCGGCGCGUGGGCCGCGAGGAGGACGUGAUGAUGCUCGUAGCAGACGAGCUGGGAGUAGUGCCUGCAAGCUGGAGGCUUUCCAAGUUCGACUACCUGCAGGCCAAAGAGCGCGCGGACCACGCCAGCCUGGGGCCGGCCUGCUUGCAGCGGCUGAAGCAAGAGCUUGCGGAGAUGCCAGGACCCUUGGCGGUGCUCGACCUUGGCUGCGGCGGGCUCUCCAUGCUGCCGGUGCUGUUGGAGCAGUUGCCAGGCCGAGAAAUCGCAUAUACUGCCGUGGACAAGGAUGAGCAGCUCUUGCAGUGCGCGCAGCAGCGGCUGGAGGCGACGCGCCUGCCGACGGAGGUGCACGUGCGUCUGCGGUGUGACGACGCCGUGGCCGCCGUGGCCGCCGCGGGCCAGCAGUCCCUGGUCCUCGGCUGUUCCAUCUUGGACCUGCUGGAUGUAGAGCGUUUGGCCUCCGCCCUGCGGACACACCAGGCGGGUGCCUUGGUCUACUUCCCCAUCCACUACGCGGGGGUCACCAGCUUCGAGGGCCCGCUGGCGUCUUGUGCGCAGCUGCUGGCGGCCAGGUACGACGAGUCCUUGGCCUGCCGGGGGCAGGUGACCAACGUCACGGAGCUCUACAGCCUCCUGGGGGACCAGUUGGUCGCAGAAGCCUCGCCCUGGGACUUGCGCGGCGAUGAUCCGCUGCUGCGUCAGCUGGUGUCCUUUAUGGCGACCAACGCCCUAGGCUUCCAGGACCUCCAGGACUUGCGUGCCGCGGUGGCCGCCAUCUCCAGCGGUCUCCAGCUGAAGGAGGAGCUGCGGCUGCGAGUGGAAAACGUGGACUUCCUGGGGCGCGUGCCCGGCACAGCCCCGCGGCCAGUAAUGCAGGCGGGCGGCGCGGGCGAUCGGACCUGCGUGGAGUUUGCCGCGCCGGGCCGGGUGCGGGUGCUGCGGGAGCCCAGGCCGCAGCUGAAAGACGGGGAGCUGCUGGUCACGGCCCGCCUCUCCGGGAUCUCUGCGGGCACUGAGAGGCGAAUGCUUUUGAAGGGCCCGGAGGGCGAGGCUUUGGACACCAUGAUGCCCACGCUGCAAGACAGCUGCUGGCCGCUGAGGUAUGGCUACUGCCUAGUGGGUGUCGACCAGACCGGGCGCCGGGUCUUCUGCUUUCAUCCUCAUGCCAGCCAUGCGGCAGUGCCAAGUGGGGCGACGGUGGCUAUCCCAGAGGAUGUGCCGGAUGAGGACGCCGUCUUCUUUGCCAACAUGGAGACGGCAAUCUCCCUUUGCCAGGACGCCCAGCCGGUGCUUGGGGAUCGGGUGGGCCUCUUCGGCUUGGGCACCGUGGGGAUGCUCACGGCGGCUCUGCUGCUGGAGCACGGGCACCAGGUGGCCGUCUUCGACCCAGACCGCGCCCGCGUGGACGCCUUGCUGCGGCGCUUCCCCAGGGCCUCGGAGCUGGCGAUAGGGAAAGCCGCGGAUCUGGACGUGUGCCUGGAGGUGAGCGGCGCGGCGCCCGCGCUGGCGCAGGCCAUGGGCGUUUUGCGGCAGCGCGGCGGGCGCCUGGUGGUGGGCUCCCUCUACGGCGGGGAGGUCCGACUGGACCUGGGGCUGCGCUUCCACCGCGCAGAGAUGACUUUGGUGACCUCCCAGGUGAGCCGCGUGAGCGCGCCGCUGAGUGCGCGCUGGAGCCCUGAGCGCCGGAAGGCUCUGAGCUGGGAGAUGCUGCGCAGAGUAAGGCCCAAGGACUGGAUCGAGACCAAGAAGGUGCCGAUCACUGACGCCUGCAGUGUCUACCAGUCCCUGCUCCAGGGACAGGGCCCCCUGCAGUGGAUUUUCACCUACUGA